AGAACAUGUUUAAAAGAUUCAUGGGAAUUGUGUGUUUGAUCAUGAAAAGAAACCAGUCAGUGUUUCUGUCUCUCGCCACCAUCAUCAUCGUAUACCUGUUUGUGAAGCGGGUGUCCGUCGUGUGGAGAGACAACGAUAUGACUUCUCGUCCCAAUGACGAUGCACUGGGUUUUCUACGUCGUGCCGGAGAUAAUACCAGCGCACCACAUGAGGACAGUGAGUCCCGAGAAACUGACAGUCCGUAUGAUGACCUAUGCGUGUUUUAUUCUAUUGAAAAUGUCGACUCUUCUGCCUCGUGCAUGGAACCUGACUGGUUAUGUGACGAGUAUGCGGAUUCCAGUGACGUCAUUUGCAGGUGGUACAAAGCCCAGACACAGAACCUAGUUGCUGGCAGUUGUCUCUUGCCAAACGCUACAGAACUCGGAUUUCAAAAUGGCGGCUAUGCCAUUCCAAGGAUUGUAUACUACGUGGCAUUUGGUGUCAGUCGACUCUCUUUUAUACAUUAUCUGAGUUUGCUGAGUGCCAGGAGGUUUAUCAAGCCAUGGGCGAUAUAUGUUGUCGGUGACAUGAGGCCGAUGGGGACGUGGUGGCAGAAGGCGGAGGCGGAGCUGGGGGUGAGGUUUGUCCAAAGGGAGAGGCCAGUCUGGCUUGCGGAAAAGAAAAUAACCUCCACCGAUCUGGCAGGGCAUCUCAUUAGAUUGCAGCUGCUCAUGGUUAAUGGCGGAAUCUACCUUGACCUUGACAUGCUGCUUCUUCGUCCUCUUGAGCCAUUCCUGCAUUAUGACGUCACUCUUGGUCAUCAAGACAACGAUAGGGGGUUGAAUAAUGCUGUCAUACUGGCCAAAAGAGGCGCUACAUUCAUCGGGGAAUGGUACCUCAAAUACAACGACUUCAAAGAUGUCGAUUUCGCCACUUUGUCGGAAAUAACAGUUCGCCAGUUGUCGAAGGAGAGUCCAUCGUCCGUCCACAUGGAAACAGCGAGCUUCUUCUUCCCAGAUAAGCAUCAAAUCCGGUUCCUGGGUAUAAAGAAUUCUUAUGAAUGGCGGGGAAAUUAUGGAAUACAUCUACAGUGGCAUCGAGAAUUUCAACUGCCAACAAGUCCGGAUGGUAUUGGUAAGAUGAGGAACUGCACUCUCCGAGAGAUCCUGGAAUACGUAUACAAUGACAAGGGGUGAUGCUGACAGGC